AUAAGAAUCAAAAAUAUUAGAGGGAGAACAAUUGAAACAUAAAUAAACCUCAAAUAUUAAAUCGGAAUUUAAGUAUGCAUUGAGCUUAGACUACAAUCUAGUGAAUAUAAAAAGACAAGUACAGGUUAUGAAGCUACUUCUGGGAAAGUGA